ACGUGUAACACUUGUCGUCGUUGGUAGUCUCCGUGUCAACAAUAAUAAAGUCAAUAUUAUCAUCUUCGUCUACUCUCGUGGUUUAAAAUUAAAAAAAGAACAAACAUUGACUGAUAGGAUAAACAAAUACAAACCUGUUUGCGGAGUCUGGGCUACUGGCUUGCGGAUGCCGAGUUUCGUGUAUUCGUCAAGGGGGAAUCCUCCGCCUACGCGCCUUCUGACGUCAAUUUGCCGCCACUCGCACCUUAGUACCGUAAUUGUUUUUGAGCUUGCAGGCUUCAGGAAUGAACCGGUGCUUUAGCUUUAAUAGUUCUAACCUCGAACACCGGUCUAAGUUACCUUUUUGGAAAUCUCAACUUGUAAUGAACAGAUUGUGUUCACGUGAAAGCUGAACUGCUUUUAUUUUCUUAUCUUUAUUGAAGAGAAAAGUUACAGUUACAGAGAUAAGACAAUGUACAGCAUAAAGUCCAACUAUGGGAUGCUUAUGAGCCUGUUUCUUCUUGUUGCUUAUGCUCCAGAUGCACAAUCUUUAGAAGUAAUUUAUGCUGUCAAUGCUGGUGGUGAUGCUCACACAGACAGCUAUGGUAUUCAUUACCAAAGAGAUCCUCUUAUGGGGAAAGUAGGAACUGCUUCGGAUUACGGCAAGCAGCUAAUUAUUGGAAGAGUCAAUACUAUUGAUCAGAUACUUUAUCAGACUGAACGCUAUCAUCACAGCACAUUUGGCUAUGAUAUACCUAUUGCAGAAGAUGGUGAAUAUGUUAUGAUUCUUAAGUUUUGUGAAGUUUAUUUCAACUCACCUAAUAUGAAGGUGUUUGAUGUGGUUCUAAAUGGUGAUCAUACUGUUGUAACUGAUUUAGAUAUAUUUGAGAAAGUUGGCAGAGGUAUCGCUCAUGAUGAAUAUAUUCCAUUCAAAGUACUAAAGGGUAAACUAAUAUACAAUGAAGAAGAGUCAGACAUUCUUGGUGGUAAAAUAAGAGUGGAGUUUAUCAAAGGAUAUCGAGAUAAUCCUAAAAUUAAUGCUAUAGCUGUGAUUAAUGGAGAUAUUGAUGAUGUUCCAAAACUAGGGCCAGUUCCUCAUGAACCUGAAGAAUAUCAAGGAAUGCUAGAUGAUGAGGAGGAGCCAGUUGUUCGAACCAGGCACACAAGUGGACCCCGUACACCAGAUCCUUAUGCCUCUGAAGACUCAUCUAUUCUGAUACCUGUUUUUAUUGCAAUUGGAGCUUUUAUUCCUCUACUGUUUUGUCUUUGUAAGUUGUAGAAAGUUUAAGCAGAGCUACUAAUGGGAUGUACUUAAAAAAACUGACUGCACCACCUAUACCUAUGUCAACAACAAAGUGUUCUCUUUAGACUAAAUAACGAAUUUAAAAUAUUGUUUAUAUUUGAUUCGUUUUCGACAAAGUAUUUGACGAGUUUUAUAAUUUAUUUAAUAAGUUGCACGUUUGAAGUGUGAUAUUUUAUAUAACUAUAAUAAUUGUUCAUGUGCAAUCUGAUUUUAACAAGUUGGCAUGAAGAGAAUGUACUGGCCUUAGACUUGAAAACUUGUGGCACUAAAAUGUAUAAAUAAUAUUUUUUUAAAUGCAGUGAAUGUAUGCAAGGGAAAGAUUUUAAAAUACAAUAUUUUGUCGACACUUAUUGAAAGCGAGUUUUAGGUAACUGACGCAUGAAUAAAGUUGUUA